GAAUCUGAGCGAUGGUCUCGUCUCUAGCUUAGAAAGAGCUUUUGAGCUCUUCCUUCUGUUGUUUUCUCUCUGUUCAGGAACAAAGAGAUUUUUCUGCCUUUAAUUAAAAGGAAUAUUAAUUCUCCGCUCCUUUGUCGAGCGACUUGAAGACGCUCUGCAAACAUCCGUCUGUUUGGCAACGCAGCAGGGUGAGCUCUGCUAUGGUACGGGGCACGGAGAUUUGGGGGAACCAUCCCAAAACCCCGCAGCAAAUGCGAAGCAGCAGCCGGGCAGGAUGCUGACAGCCCCGGCGCUUGGAUAACGCGGAGACGCGGGCUGCCACCAUGCCCGACUCGCCGGCCGACGUGAAGACGCAGUCCAGGUCCACGCCGCCCAGCAUGCCUCCGCCGCCGCCGGCCGUCACGCAGGGAGCCACGCGCCAUCCCUCCUUUACACCAAACACCAAUCGAGACGCUGGCCCUCCGACGUUUCUGCCUCGCGGCCGUUUUCAUGGUUGCUUGAAAUGGUCGAUGGUCUGUCUUUUGAUGAACGGGAGCAGCCAUUCCCCGACCGCCAUCAAUGGGGCCCCGUCCACCCCCAACGGGUUCAGCAACGGGCCGGCCACCUCCUCCACCGCCUCCCUUUCCACCCACCAGCUCCCGCCGGCCUGCGGCGCCCGCCAGCUCUCCAAGCUCAAGCGCUUCCUCACCACGCUGCAGCAGUUCGGCAACGACAUCUCCCCCGAGAUCGGGGAGCGGGUGCGCACCCUCGUCCUGGGGCUCGUGAACUCCACGCUCACCAUCGAGGAGUUUCACGCCAAGCUCCAGGAGGCCACCAACUUCCCGCUGCGACCCUUCGUCAUCCCCUUCCUCAAGGGAAGGAGGACCCCAGACAGGACCAAAGAGAACGGUUUGGACCGCGACCCUCUGCACCCCGAGCACCUCAGCAAGCGGCCGUGCACCAUGAGCCCGGCGCAGCGCUACAGCCCCAGCAACGGGCUGAGCCACCCACCCAAC